ACCUCCCUCACACACAAUACAACAAUGGCUUCCAUGAUCUCCAUCCUCUUGCGCUGCUCCCUGCUACUUCUCCUCCUUGUCCAGUCCACACACUCCUCCGUCACCUCGAAGCCCAAGAACGACAUUGCCGAGGAGCACAAGCAGCCUCAUCCUUCGACCUCCAGCACCUACAUCGUCCUCACCAACCACCUCGCCAAGCCGUCCAAGUUCGACACCCUCGAGCGCUGGUACGCGUCCAUGGUGGGCAAGAACUCCAACCGCAUCCAGUACACCUACGGCACCGUCAUGCACGGUUUUGCGGCUCGUCUCACGGACGGCGAGGCCCAGCGCAUGGCGACCGUCCCCGGCGUGUCCCGCGUGUACAAGGACAGGCUGUACCACACCCAGACCACGAGGUCUCCGUGGUUCAUGGGCCUCCACGACGACUUCGGCGCGUGGCCGGACGCCGAGUUCGGCGACGGCGUCAUCAUCGGCUUCGUCGACACCGGCAUCUGGCCGGAGCGCGCCAGCUUCAGCGACGCCGGGCUCGGCCCCGUCAGGUCCACCUGGAGGGGCAAGUGCGUGGACGCGCCGGGAUUCAACGCCAGCUUGUGCAACAACAAGCUCGUCGGCGCCAAGUCCUUCGUCGAUUCGAGUCCGAGGGACAUCGAGGGGCACGGAACGCACGUGUCGUCAACGGCUGCAGGCUCCGAGGUCCCCUCGGCCGAUCUCUUCAAGUUCGCGCGCGGGAGAGCGAGCGGCGUGGCGCGCAGGGCAAGGAUCGCCAUGUACAAGGCGUGCACACCCAUGGACGGAUGCUCCUUGUCGGCCAUUACCGCGGCGAUCGAUGCCGCGGUGAGCGACGGCGUGGACCUCAUCUCCAUGUCCCUCGGAGGCCCCGUGGAAGCCUUCUACGACGACCUCGUCGCCGUCGCCACGUUCGGCGCUGAGCGCAGAGGCGUCUUCGUCGUCAUGGCGGGCGGCAACGACGGCCCGAAAGCGUCAAGCAUAACCAACGUGGCCCCGUGGAUGACGACCGUCGGCGCCGCCACCACGGACCGGUUGUUCCCGGCGACACUCCGGCUCGGCAACGGGGUGGUGCUCACCGGGCAGUCCCUCUACAACAUCCCGUUCUCCCAGGGCGCGGGCAUGAUCCCGCUAGUGAGCAGCGACUGCGGCGAGUACGACUACCACCUGACGCCCGACAGGAUCAUGGGCAAGGUCGUGGUGUGCUCCCAGGGUGUAGGAGCUUGGGCCGGCUUUGACGUGGAGAGAGCCGGCGGAGCCGGGAUGAUUUCCGCAGAUAGUAGGGUACGGUUCGGGGACGCGGUGAAGGCCCAACCCUUCAACCUUCCCGGUCUCCAGCUCAGCUCCACCGGCGGCAAGAAGCUGGCCGAUUACAUGUCGUCCGUGGCGUACCCGGUGGCGUCCUUCAACUUCACCUCCAACACGGUCACCGGCGAGAACCGGGCGCCGAUGGUGGCGGGCUUCUCCUCGCGGGGCCCCAACCCGAUUGUCCCCGAGAUCCUCAAGCCGGACGUCAUCGCGCCAGGAGUGAACAUCCUCGCCGCUUGGUCUGGUGCCGCCUCGCCAUCUGGCUCCGACAUGGACCCGCGGAGAGUGGGGUACAACAUCCUCUCGGGGACGUCGAUGGCGUGCCCGCACGUGGCCGGCGUGGCGGCCCUGAUUAAGAAGCGGCACGGCGACUGGACGCCGGCCAUGAUCCGUUCGGCGCUGAUGACGACCGCCGGCCCGCUCGACAAGGACGGCAGGGACAUCGUGGACAGCGGCAGUGCCAUCGGCGCCGCCGUCAUGGGCGCGACGCCGCUGGCGGCCGGGGCCGGGUUCGUGCUCCCGCGGCUCGCCAUGGACCCGGGCCUGGUGUACGACGCCGGCACGCAGGACUACGUCGACUUCCUCUGCACACUCAACUACACGGUGGAGCAGAUGCAGCAGUUCGUGCCGGAGCUAAGCAAGUGCGAGAGGACGAUUCCCGGCGGCGUGGCCAACCUGAACCACCCGUCGUUCGUGGUGGUGUUCGACGGCCGCACCCGCGUCCGCACGCUGACGCGGACGGUGACCUUGGUGUCGGCGCGCCCCGAGAGGUACAACGUGACGGUCGCCGCGCCCGACGGGGUGAAGGUGACCGUGACGCCGGCGACGCUGGAGUUCAGGUGGCCGAACGAGAAGAGGAGCUACAGCGUGCAGUUCAGCAGCGAGGCGGGGGCGAAGGCGAGGCCGGCCGGCACGUGGGAGUUCGGCCACAUCGCCUGGGAGAACAGGAAGCACCGGGUCAGGAGCCCCGUCGCCUUCAAAUGGGACAACUGAUGCCAUGCAUGUAGGCCGGAACUCUGAGAGUGAGUCUGAUUGCCUGAACUCUGAGAGAGUAAUGUUAUGAUACUUGAGAGUUGAUCUGUAAUGAAGAAGAAGAAGAAUCGGCAUUUCAUUGUGGUGAACUUGUGAUGAGGAGAAAGGAAUAAUCAUCAUGUUAUUUUUCUCC